AAGUGUAAUUGAUUCUCCUGCAUAAGAAAGCUCUUGAGUCGAUUAGUACACACAAUAGUCCUGAUGAAGGGUGUCAGUGUGAAAUGUUGACUGUUAACUAUUUUCCAUAGAUGCUGCCUGGCCUGCUGAGCUCCUCCAGCAUUUUGUAUGUAUUACUUUGAUUUCCAGCAUCUGCAGAUUUUCUCGUUUGUGACGUGUCAAUUAGCUGACUGUAACAAGUUAGAUUCUUAUUUCCUUCUUAUACUGACCCUUGGCUUGGCCAUGCCUAAGUUUUCAUUUUUGCAUUCAAAUCCAACUUUUCCAAAGAUCCUGAGAGAAACGGAAGUUUCUCACAUUCCAACAUCUUGUGUAUCGUAAGCUGGGGGAUCAUUUCAUUGAGCACCUCUGCUCCAUCCGCCAAAAGUGGAACUUCCCGGUGGCCAAACGUUUUAAUUCCAAUUCUCAUUUCCGUUCUGACAUGCUGGUUCAUGGCCACUUCUUGAGCCAAGAUGAGGUAACCCUCAGGGUGGGGGAACAAAAACUUAUAUUCCAUUUCAGUAGCCUCUAACCUGAUGGCAUGAAUAUUGACUUUUCCUUCUGGUAAAAAAAAAUCCCUUCCCCUCUCCUCUUCCUCUAUUCCCCCUCUGGCCUUUUACCUCUUCUCACCCGCCUAUCACUUCCCCCAGAUCCUCUCCUCCUUCCCUUUCUCCUGUGGUCCACACUCCUCCCCUAUCUGAUUCCUUCCUCUUCUUCCCUUUACUUUUCCCACCCACCUGGCUUUACCUAUCACCUUCUAGCUAGCCUCCUUCCCCUCCCCCCACCUUUUUAUUCUGGCGCAUUCCUCCUCAUAUCUUCAGCACACGCAGACAUCCGAUCGCAGGAACCACGGACCAACAUCUGUGAUGUCCUUUGUCACCUGUCAACCUUGCCGGCCUUCAGAUGCAGAGUCCAGAACAGAGGCCUGGAUUCCGGAUGUUCUUCAUCAACCGUCCACAUCACUGGACUUCAAGACUCCCCCAUAUCACUGUCCCUAAACCCUAGCUGACCCCUAGCACCCCUCACGGUCACCAACACCAUCCCUACAAACUAAAGAAACCAGCUAAGUCUGAGCAACAGUAUUGAUGGAGACUGCAUCUUGGCACUAUCUUGACUGGUCCUAGUGUCUGGUCCAACAUGCAUCUUUUAAUCAAUAACAAUAGAAGAAGACUAUCUGAUUACUUGUGUCAGUGGAUUGUGAAAUAUUUCUGUGUGCUAAUGGGUUGCUGUAUACUACAAUAGUGAUUGCCUUAGAAUCCCUCUGGGAUAUUUGAAGAUCAUGAUGAGUGCUCUAUAAAUGGAAGUUCCUCUCUUAACAUUUGAUGAAUAUGCUUCCUGAGUGAAGUAAAUGACUCCAAUAUCUGCCAGUAAGUAUUGGCAUGUGCACAAUCUUUUAUACUUGAAAUACAGUGAUCUGGCUGUGUAAUGGGUGAUGAUAUUAGCAGGGUACUAAAGCUUGGGGAACAACACGAUCUUACUGGGAGGUAAAACAAUGAGGACAGACGGAAGAGAGACUCGGGUGCUUGGCAAAGAGGGAGUGUGCUUUCCAGUGGUACUCCUGGUAAGCCCAAACAAUGAAGGUUCUGUCCUAGGGAUUUAUGCACUUAGCAAGGUACUGUAGGUGCUGUUAUGAACUCCUGGAAGGGAAUAUUACAUGGGUAAGUCAGGGUCAGCAAACACGUAAAGUACACAGAGCCCUGCUUAGCAGGUGUGUAUGAUGGAUGGUGUAUAUGGAUUAUGUCAAGAGUUCCCGGGGGUAUGGGUUGAAUACAUACAAGAUUGUGGGUCAGUCAGAGUACGCCUGAUUAGAAGAACAAUAUAAAGAACGAUUAUAGAUUAGCUUUAUUUGUCACCUGCAUAUCAAAACAUAUAGUGAAAUGUCAUUUACACCAUUGUUUGUGAUUUGCCCACAAGUGUCACCACAUCUCCGGCGCCAACGUAGCAGGCCCACAGCUCACUAACUCUGACUAUACACCUUUGAAAUGUGGGAGGAAAACGGAGCACUCAGUCGAAACGCAUGGGGGAGUAUGUACAAACUCCUUACUGACAACAGCAGGAAUCGAACCUCGGUCAAUUAUAACGUAAGAAGAUCUCGUCCAGUAUUUGCAAACACUCAUAAGAAUUGUUUCAGAACAUGGAGCAAGGAACGGCAGACUUAUCUGAUGCAGAAUCAGAUGGGAACUCUUCAUUGAAUAUUUCCAAUCACUCCUGCUGUGAAACCAGCAUUUACCAACAACUUCCAAGUAACCAGUCAGUGAAAAGAAGAUCAAAAUCUGUGACUUCCCAAGAUAAAUGGCGGUCCUUCGUUGAGAAUUCAACUGAGCUUUCGACUUCAGAAUUCACAUGUGACGAGGAUGUGGAUCUACUUGUGGAUGGCAAGCAAGCUCUGAGAGAACUUCCUUUCGUAAUGGCAAAGAGAAAGAAAGAGAGGAAAAAGAGAACAUGUGGCUCAGAGGUACUCAGCAGUUGGGAAACAUGGAAGCAAAGCCAGCAGAAAUCACUGAGGCGGCUGCAGGAGGAAGUGAGAAAUGCCAUAUCCUGGUUAGAACUGUGGAAGAGGUCACUGAAAGAAAUAGAAGGCCGCUUUGGGACUGGCAUCCAGUCAUACUUCACAUUCCUUCGUUUCUUGGUUUUCCUGAAUCUUUUGGCAUUUCUUUUGGUCGGUGGCUUUGUGCUCCUGCCUUCCAUCUACAUAACCAACAUGAAACUCAACCAGACAGACACGGAGCGCAUAGAAAAUAUUUCUCUUUCAGCACCUGAGUGCUUCAGAUAUAAGCGAUAUCCAAAGGGCUUAGUUUCAUUUUAUGAAAAAAUUCUGGAUCUGUUUUCUGGGACAGGAUUCAUAGAAGAUUCCUAUAUGUUCUAUGGGCAUUAUAAAUUUGGAAUGUACAAGGGCUUGAACUACAACCCUUCCUUGGCUUAUCUGCUGACCAUGGUCUUCUAUUUCCUAUUCUGUCUUUGCUGGAUUGUAAAGAGGACAGUGAAUAGAUUUAAACAAGAGAGUAUGCACGAAGAUAAUUACAAUUCCAGACAAAGUGCCAAGAUCUUCACUCUCUGGGAUUUUUGUAUAAAGGAAAACGCCAUGGCAGAACUGAAGCACCUGAGCAUUGUGAAUGAACUGAAGAUUGACCUAGCAGAGCAAGCAUACAAGAGGAGAAAAGCAGAACGAACCAGAAGGGAGAGAGCAAUUCUUUACUUCAUCCGCUUUUUGCUCAAUUUGUUUAUCAUGAUCGUUUUGACUGGAGCUUUCUACAUCAUUUAUCAAGCCACAAAAUCAUCUCAGAAUUUCCAGAGGAAGCCGGGGAGAUUUGCAUUUAUCACGGAAUUCUUCAUGGAAUAUCUUCCAUCUUUAAUCCUCACCCUUAACAACAUUCUUCUGCCAUACUUAUUUUGGGUAAUUAUCCGAUAUGAAGAGUAUCCACCAAACACUGAAAUCAAUUUGAUAUUAAUCAGGUGUAUAUUUUUAAGGCUGACCAAUCUGAGCAUGUUGGUGUUCUCUCUGUGGCAGCAGAUCACCUGCACUGACGGGAAAAAUGAAAAGGAUUGUAAAACCUGCGGUUACAACAAACAUUACCAGUGUUGGGAGACGAAGAUUGGACAAGAAAUGUACAAGCUCUUUUUAUUUGAUUUUCUAGCUAGCAUCGGUGUCAUAUUUUGUAUGGAACUUCCAAGAAAAUUUCUGGAGGAUCAUGUUUCCUUUCCGUUACCCAAGAUAUUGCAAAGGCCGUCUUUCAUCAUUACGGAAAAUAUACUAAGUAUUGUUAAUGGACAGACUAUUGUCUGGAUUGGAAUGUUCUAUUCUCCGUUGCUGCCGAUUCUCAAUGCCAUCAAAUGCAUCAUCACGUUCUACAUGAAAAAGCACAGUCUAUAUACUUACUGCCGUCCUGCCAGAAGGUUGUUUCGAGCAUCCAGCUCUAGGAUUUUCUUUCAGUUGACGCUACUGUUUGGAUUGACUUUAGCAUUGGUCCCGAUUGCUGUUAAUCUAUUUCUGGUUCGUCCAUCCAAAGCAUGUGGUCCAUUUCGAUAUUACGAAUCAGUUUGGGAUAUUGUUCCAGAAGUUAUUGCAAGACUUCCGCCGAAGGCACAGGACUUUUUUAUCUACAUUAAGUCCGAAGCCUUCUUGUUGAUGUUGAUCACUACUUUAAGUAUGGUACUGACAACAUGUGUAGUGUUGGUUCGAGUUAACAGAAGGGCUAUUACCCUGCUGAAGUGGCAUUUAAGUCUGGCAAGACAAGAUAAGCAGUAUUUGGUGAAAAAACUAUCCACACGAUCUCAGCAUCAAAGACGUGUUAAUUUUCAAGACAGUUUUUGCAACAGCGCUCAAGAGUCACGGGCCGAAGCAAGCGAAGGCAAGGCAGAGUCGAGGAGCGAGCGGGUGUGAGGCAGAGACAAGGCAGGUUUGAAGCCAGUCCACCAAAACUGAGAGCGAGGAAAGACCUGAGGGUUGGUCGAUCAAAUUGCCAGGCUGAUUUGGAAAAGUCUGGAAUGGGCCGAAACCAGGCUGCAGGGUCCAGGCCUAAAGCAUAUCAAAGUGACAGGGCCCAGGUCCUUGAGCGAGGAACAAACCAGUGCUCGGAUGAUUUAAACAGCAAAAAGUUUUGCUUGCUGCUCCGUGGUGUUUAUUCGGCUCUGCACUGAAUGAAGGCCAUGGCCUGUUCCAGCUGCUCUGGGCUUCGUGCCUGUAGACUCAUUCACAUUCCGAAUGCUACUUGCUUACUUUUAUAGUUUGCACAAUUUAUUUUUCUCUCUGAACACUGGGCUUCUGACAGUCCUCAUUUUUUAUGUGUCCUUUUGGGCAUCUUUGUUUUGUGGCUGCCUGUAAGGAGGCAAAUCUCAAGGUUGUAUAAAGUAUGCUUACUUUGAUAAUAAAUGUACUUUUGAACUUUGAACUUUUGAAGUGGUUAGGUUGAGAAAAACCAUACACCUUGUGUCACUGAGCAGAGGAAGGCAUGAUUAGUGCAGAAAGGUGCUUUGAUCUAGAGGCCUGAGUAGUUAAUGCAGGUAAAUAGAGUUGGAAGGUGUAACAACCCUAGU